AUGCCAUCAUAUCCCCAAGCCAUUAUUCAUCGUCAAAAUGAAGGUGAAUAUUGGUUUGAACUCGAAGGUCGUAUUACUCCCUUCAUCAUCCCGACGAAAGAGGAUGUUCUGAGAACCUGUAAGCUGUCAAGUCGUAAACCACCGACAGUUUUCAUAAUUUUUAGAAACCCG